AUGUUCCCACAGCCAACAAUGGAACAGAUGCUUCAUCCGACACCGCGCGAGGGAUACUACGUCGUCGAAUUGAAUCGGAGUGUCUGGGUUGUCCCAAACUACUACAUUAAUCUCACUCCAAUUGGUACUGGAGCUUAUGGAACUGUUUGUGCUGCUGAAUGCACCAGGUCUGGAACUCGUGUCGCUAUCAAAAAGUUCAACCGACCCUUCCAAUCGAUCAUCCAUGCUCGUCGCACAUUCAGAGAACUCCGAUUACUUCGAUGCAUGCGCCAUGAGAAUAUUAUCGACCUCCUCGACGUCUUCACUCCAAAUGAGAACAUGAAUGACAUUGAAGACGUUUAUUUCGUGUCGAUGCUCAUGGGAGCUGAUCUUUCAAACAUUCUGAAGAUCCAGAGGCUCAACGAUGAUCACAUUCAGUUUCUAGUCUAUCAAAUUCUUCGUGGUCUCAAAUACAUUCAUUCCGCUGAUAUCAUUCAUAGAGAUCUCAAACCAUCCAAUAUCGCAGUUAAUGAGGAUUGUGAAUUGAAGAUUCUUGACUUUGGAUUGGCUCGUCAAACGGAUUCUGAAAUGACUGGAUACGUGGCUACCAGAUGGUACAGAGCACCAGAAAUCAUGCUCAAUUGGAUGCAUUACACACAGACAGUUGAUAUCUGGUCUGUUGGGUGCAUUUUAGCAGAGUUGAUCACUGGAAAGACGCUGUUUCCUGGAUCGGAUCACAUUGAUCAGUUGACCCGUAUUAUGUCUGUUACUGGAACUCCCGACGAAGAAUUCCUCAAAAAGAUUUCAUCUGAAGAGGCACGAAACUACAUCAGAAAUCUUCCAAAAAUGGCUCGUCGGGAUUUCAAACGCCUUUUCGCCCAAGCCACUCCACAAGCCAUUGAUCUUCUGGAGAAAAUGCUCCACUUGGAUCCAGAUCGCCGUCCAUCUGCAAAAGAAGCAAUGGAACAUGAAUAUCUUCAAGCGUAUCACGAUGAAUCUGACGAACCAAUUGCAGAGGAAAUGGAGUUGAAUGACGAUGUGAAGGCGGAUACAAUCGAUGAGUGGAAGAAAAUCAUUUGGGAAGAAAUCACAGAUUUCCAGAAGAAUGUGGCAUUUGCCGAUGAAGAGGAAGGAGACGAAGAUCAAAUGGAAUAA